GUUAUAACCACGACCUUUUCCCGUUUUCUUAAUUAAUUAUGAUCUUCAAUAUAAACAAAGUGAUUACACUCUAACUCUAAACUACUAGGACUGCUUUCAACCAUCAGCAUGCCAGCGUUGGUGGCCUUCGGCCGUACCUGGGAGUUCGGAAGUGAUGACCUGUUCUUCCCUGCUCUUAUCUCAACUUUGUUUCGUAUGUCAGCAUUUAUCGGGAUCCUUGGAGGGACUCUAUACUUCCGAGAAGCCCUCACCUGUCAGGACUCUCACUUGCUGAGUGGACUAGCUGGAGCACUGCUCUGCAUGCUUGCUCUCAUCACUAUCAUCGAGGCCUGCAUCACCGGCUUCAGUGCCAGGGGGACCAUUGUGCGGACCAAGCCAAGGGCCCCAAUUGUACAUUUACUACAUUUCCGAUUUUUAUUGUUUUUGAUCGAGGUCGUUUUGCUGAUAAUUGGAACUGUUUUCGCUUAUGUGUCUCAAACAGAGUUACCUUCGAAUACUGAUUGUCCUGAUUUGUUUAAAGCUGUUUUGUUAGUUCAACUGUCUGUUGCUGCUAAUUGGAUUUUGAUCGUCUUCCUGGUGGCGGCCAUUUUUAUAUAUCUUGAUCCCUGUCAUUGUUACUCGGCUAAAGUGAACUAUAACCCUGUUGCUAGGAGAGUUAGAAACGGUGAUGUCGAUGAAACGGUCGUAGAAACUCAAUGGAGAUUAAGUCACUCGGUUUGGGAAAAACGUUUUAAAGUUGUGUGUUGUGUUGCCGGUAGAGACGAGACCCACCAUCUUGCGUAUCGAGAGGUUGCAGAAAUGUUUGCUCACAUGUUUUGCGAUACCAACGUAGUUCUGUCAGACCUUGCAGCCGGGUUUAUUUUACUUCAACGGGAACAUUUGGCGAAAGAAGCACGGCUUCGGACAAAUGGCCGAAACGACGAAACAGAAGCUGACGGAGAUAAUAUGUUGGCAUCGUUUGAUUUCAAUUUCGAAGAGGAUCGUGUUGUAUUUAAAAACCUGCUCCACUACAUUAAAUAUGCCCUAGGAAUGUACACAUGGCCAUUCUACAUCUACCAGAACCUCUUGUGUGGAGUCUGCAAAUUGUGUUACCAUUUGAAAUGCGGAGAGAGGUCCCGAUAUUCGAAUGUGCAUAAAGACUACGGCUGUAUGUGUCACCUGACUGGGCUGCAGCAGAUCACUGAACUCAAUGAUGUAGAUAUAGUAUACGCAUCCUUCGAGAACUCGCUAUUCAAAGUGCCAUUUUUAGUUUGUUUGGACCACGAAAUGCAAUCGAUUGUGAUUGCUUUCAGAGGAACUCUAUCGUUUCAAGAUGUAGUGACUGAUCUAACGGCCAGUACCAAACCAAUACCGCUGCCAAAUUAUCCCGAUUUCCUAGUUCACAAGGGAAUGCUAAAGACAGUGCAAUCAGUUAUGGAGGAACUAGAAGAAAAUGGAUGCUUGGAGACGGCUUUCAAUCGAGCUAGCAGCUACAAACUCGUCAUAGUUGGUCAUUCCCUCGGCUCAGGCUGUGCCUGUAUUCUGUCGAUUCUACUUAAGCAGAAGUACCCUGACCUCACAUGUUACUGCUACUCUCCCACCGGCGCUCUACUUAACGAAGCUGCAGCUAUUUUCACAGAGGAUUUUGUCACAUCUGUUACUCUUGGAAAGGAUUUUGCGGCUCGUUUGAAUUUUGCCAAUACCGUCAAACUAAAGUCUGAUUUGGUGCGUGUAUUGGAAUCUUGUCGCAAACCAAAGUGUCAAAUUCUUAUGGAGGGAAUUUUAGAGACUCUUUCAAAUUGUUUUGGUCGCUCGCUAAUGUUCGAGCAACAUAGUCAACGUCAUAGACGUAGCCCAUCGCCCACUGCACUCUCGGAAACCGAUGGAGACGAAGACCAAGAAGAACACAGCCCAUUGGUUAGCGAGGAGGCGGAGGAAAAUUUGAAAUGCCGUAACCGAAUACGAGUCGUCGAAAGAACUGAUAUUGAUUUCACUCCAUUGAUUGUACCACAUCUUUCAUCCCUUGCUCUGCCUGUGAGGUCGACUAUACCAAGCCCUGAGAACAGCUUGAACGAGCUACAGGCUGCAGAGCAACGACUGAUCCCUCUCUACCCCCCAGGGAGAAUCAUCCACCUUGUGUAUAUGGAUUCCACCAAACGUUGUUUCUGUGAUUCUCGACAAGUUGUGACAAACUGGUGCUCGAGAUAUAGCUUUGAUUCGAUUGACGUAUCGCCUGAAAUGUUCCGAGACCAUCUACCGGACGUUUUGUCCAAUACAAUGAAUAAAGUAUGGAAAGAGAAAAUGAAGGAACUUGACGACAAUGCUGUAGGCAGACCUUUUGAUGUGUGAACUUUAGUAGCUAUUUUUAUAAGUAUGUACUCCAAUUAUUGUAGGUCAGUUAGUUUGGAUGUAUAAUUAUACGGUGUGAACACAUCAUUAUUAAUCACUAAAA